CAACGUGCACAAUGGUGACGUUUACCAUAUCAUGAUGGCGGUAGCCUGGACUAUUUUGAAUUCCGUCCCGCUUUUCGAAGUUUCCACCGCGUGUAGUCGGUAAAAUGUCGUAUUUUUCGGGUGAGAACAGACAAUAAGUGAACCGCUGUAAUGGAUUCCGUCGUGGGGGACGACCUAACGCUCCCCGUUGAUAUCAACGGAAGCUGCAGACUGCCAGACUCCCUAAAUGCUGGAGAAUAUUCCACAGACAGCAUGACAGCUCCGUCCUUCCCUGACACGAUGUCCCCUAUUAAGGCUCUCACCAUGAAGGACUAUGAAAAUCAAAUCACAGCCCUAAAGAAAGAGAACUUUAACCUGAAGCUACGCAUUUACUUCAUGGAGGAGCGGAUGCAGCAGAAAUGCGAUGACUCUACUGAGGACAUAUUCAAAACGAACAUUGAGCUGAAGGUGGAGUUGGAGUCCAUGAAGAGAGAGCUGGCAGAGAAACAAGAGCUGCUCGUGUCUGCAUCCAAAGCGUUGGAGAGUCUGGCAGGUCGAGAAUCAGGAGAACCCAAUCGUGUGAGAGAGCAAGCUCAAAGGGAAAUGGAUGCACUCAGAGAUGCAUUUAACAAAAGAAUUGCUGACCUAGAACAGUGUCUGCGAACAGCAGAGCAAGAAGUAGGGAAGAUGGCUGCCAUUGCUGAGCAGGAGAAGCUGAGAAAUAUAAACAUGGAGAAGCAGCUCCAAGCUCUGAGCCCACCAGGCACCCUCUCUCCUGUUCCUGCCCCAAACCCAGUCCAAGAUCUACAGCAGGCCCUGCAGGAGAAAGACAAUGUCAUCGAGCAGCUCAAGAUCUCUUUGAAGAACCAGGAGGCUGUGAUCCAUCAGAGAGGCAGCAGAGACCAACAGACAGAUGCUCCAUCGGCUGACUGUGUUAAACAGUUAUCUGAUCUCAUAGCCAAGAAAGAUCAGGAACUUGAGGCACUGAAGGAUGAGCUGCAUAGAGAAAAGGAUACAACACAACCAGACCAUCAGAAGAAGAGUGACAUUAGGCGGUUGGAGUCUGUCAAUAAACUGCUGACUGAAGAGCUUAGCCAGGCGAAAAGCACCAGUGAGAGCCUGACAAAAACACUGGAGGAUUCUCAAAAUCAGAACAAGACUUUAUCAGGGAAGUUGGAGGAGAAGGAGGAUGAACUAAACUCUGAGAAGAAAAAUGCUCUGAAGAGAGACAAAACAAUCCAGGGGCUCACUCAGGUCCUCCGAGAAAAGGAAAAAGAGAUUGCAGAACUGUGCCAUGAGAUUGAGGACAGGGAUGAUGCUUUGGCCAAGGCUAGAGAGGCAGCACAUAAAGCCCAGCUGCAGAAAUACCAGGCAUUAGAGGAGCACCAAAACCUGUUAAUGGCAAAGCAAACAGAGUUAGCCCAACUGCAAGGAGAACACCAUACCAAGGUGCUUGAAGCCCAAAAACUACAGCGUGCCCUUGACAGGAAGGAACAGGAGCUGGCUGACUUGCAGCAGGCGAAGGACCAGCUUGAGGUGGAAAUGGAAGACUUGCAACAACAGAAGAAGAAAGGAGACAAAGCCCUGAAUGAUCUCAACAAUCAGCUUAAAAAGAUGAGUGGUGAGAUCGGGGACAGGGAGAGUGCUCUGGAGCAGCAGUACCAGGAGCUGCUUGACCAAACCAAAAGAAAACUGCAGGCCCAUGAGGUCACCAUCCAGCGUCUCACGUCCACCUUGGCUGAAAAAGAGCAGCAGCUACAGGAGUACAUAAAUAUGGUCAGAGACCUUGAGCAAAGCAAAAGUCCAGGAGGCAAUGAUACUGUGCUUUCCAAACUGCGACAAAGGUUGAAAGAAAAGGAGAAGGCUCUGGAGCAAGCGCUGGAUGAAAAAUUUGCUGCUAUUGAAGAGAAGGACAAUGAGAUUCACCAGCUGCAGCUGACGCUAAGGGAAAAGGAAAGAGACCUUGAUAGACUUAAUAACUUGCUCUCUCAUAAUGAGGAAACCAUCAAUAAUUUUGACAGUCUGAUCAAGGAGAAGGAUGCAGAGCUGCAGCAUCUUGCAAACACUCUAAAGAACUUGCAAAGAGCCAAGCAAGAUGUUGAGGAUAACCUGAACAGAUCAUUGAGGGAGAAAGAUUCCAUCAUCAACCAGCUACAGCUCUCUCUAGAAGGCAAAACUAAAGAUAUGGAGGAAAUGUCUGAAUCAAUGCUGAGCCAGUCGCAGAGUAAUGCACGUGACCUUGCUGAACAGAUGGGCCAUAGGUUAAAGGUCACAGAGGCUAUGCUUGCUGAGGCUGUGAAGGCCAGGGAAAGACUAGUUGCUGACAAUGAGAGCGCUGUGGAAGGGCUGCUGGCGACAAUUAGCAGCAAGGACCAACUUCUCAAGGAGUCUGCUGAGCACUACAACCGCAUGCUGUCUGAGCGUACUCAAGAGAUUCAGGAACUGAGGAAACAGCUGUCUGACAGGCAGCAGCAACUUGCCACUGCUGAGAAGCAAAGCUCCGCAACAGCCCAGGAGGGUUACAUAGAGACUGCAGAACUCAGAGCCCUGCUUGCUGAAAAAGACAGCCUCAUUGAUAAGCUUCUGCAGCGUGGUCAGGAGAGAGACCAGUUUUUGGCAGAGGUGAGGCAGAAGGUGGAGCCAGACCACGUGUUGGAGCUCAGACAAACCAUUCAGAUCAUGCAAGAGAAGCUGGACGAGAGAGAAGCUGAGCUGUCCAGGAGGAACAGUGAGGAUAAUCAGGAGAACAUUUCGCACUCCAAGAAAACGGUUGUUGUCCUAAAGAAGGAGCUAGCACAGAAAACCGAAGCACUGAACAAAGCACUGAAGAGAGAAAAUGAACUGAAGAUUUCAUUGGCUGAGCUCCAGUCAUUGCUAUCUGAGGUGGAGGGUCGCAAUGAAGGUCAGGCUGCUAAUAUUGAGUCCCUGACUGCCACUUUGAAGACCAAGGAGGAGAUCAUCAAUGUUCUCCACCAGCGUCUCGGUCAGAGAGGUGACAGUCGGGCUGAUCAUACCCAGGAUCAUGUGAUUAGCUCUGGCAUGGAGAGAUCACUACCGGUGCUCCCUCAGAGAGAGAGAACCAUGAUAGGUGGAGACUGCCAGCAAGAAGCUUUGCCCAACCUUAUAGCUUUGCAACAGGAGCAUAAUGCUCUGAACAAGGCCCUGAGAGCUGAACAACAGCUCUACUCCAGCCUGGUCAGGACUGUGAAGGAGCAAGACAGUGCCCAGCGUCUCCAUGCUCUGCAGCUGGAGCUGACAGCAGUGCAGCUGCUCAGGCAGCAGUUAGAAGACAGCAUCAAAACUAAUGAGGAGCUGAAGGAAGACUUGGAAAGAGAGAUAGACAGAGCCAAACUCAGAGAAGGUAUGGACCUAAUUGACCCUAAAGAACUGGAGAGCAUGAGACAUCAGCUUGAAGAUGCCCAGCGCUGGAAUGCAUCGCUGCAGGCUCGCUUAGGAGCAAUUCAGAACCGAGGAGGGGGAGAUGGUGGUGACACUUUGAGUUUCAUUGGAGAUCAGACAUCCUAUUUGAGUAUCUGUGUGGGAGAGGGCCAGGAUGACAGCUUAUCUCAACUCUCUGCUCAGGAGCUCAGACAGAAGGUGCUAGAGCUCCAAGACUGUGUCAGCAGAUUGCAGACGGUAAACAACGAACUGCAGAGCCGGCUGUCACUAUUGGAGAAGUCAGAGCGCGAUACAUGCGUCAAGGAAGACAAAGACCUGCCCAGCAGUAGUCCGCAGAAACAGCAGCUUGAGAAGAUGCAAGAGAUGCAGCUGCCGGCUCACAGUACCAGGACGCAUUUACCUGGUCAGGAAAAAGAAAGCCAAACGGACAUUCUGCUAGGACAGAUGGGUUCUGGAAAGCCAUUGGAUGAUGAGAGCGUGGACAGUGGUCUUGGCCAGAGUAGAGAACAUGCUCAGUCUGGCAAUGACAUCUUGGACACUGAAAAGAAAGAAUCUAGGGAGAAAAACAGACAUGUAAAGGCACUUAAAUCACUGCUGGCUGACUGCGGCUCCACAUCAAUCUCGCACCUUAGAGAGGAACUACUCCGACUUAGAUCAGAAAAUGUAGAGCUGCGUGGUCUCCUGAAGGAACAAAAAUCUAAAGAGUGUAAAGAGAAAGAGAGCACAGAUGCCUCAGGGAACAGCAGUGAAGGACAUGCUGACUUGAGAACGAGUGUGGAAACACUGCAGGCCGAAGACCAAGGUGAUUCAAAGGUCAGCAAGCUGUUAAAGGAAAGGAGGGGGAAGAAAUGGAAUGAGGUGUCAGAUGAGAAGGCCCCCGUUACCACUGUCAGCACAGCAGAUGAGAUGGAGAGUCCCCUAUCUGAAUGCCAGUCAAACAGCAAGAGUGGAAAGCAGCGUGUCGCAAGACAUAGGGCUGGUGUCAAAUCUCGCCUCCCAGUGCCUGUGAGGCUGAGAGUGGAGGCUAGCAGAGAGUCUGUGAGCUAUGAUCAACAGAAUGCUCAUGCACUUCAGCACCUUAAUUUGGAUGAUGUCUAUGAGUCUGACCAGCAGUUACAUGAUGAGUCUGACUCACCCACACCACACCAGCACAGCACUUCCCCUUCCUCUACCCUCAGAAAUCCUCAUCGUAGCUGCAGUCCAGUAGGCUCUGACAAAGACCCUGGAGCCAGGACUUCACAGGAUCACAUUCAGGUUGAUUCUGCUCUCUUCACUCAGCUGGAGCUUCUCCACCAGGAAUGCCAGGAGAAAGAGUCCCUGAUCAACAAACUGAGUGAGCAACUUGCUGAUUGGGAGGAGCUCCAUGCCCAGCUCCAGGAAAAGGACCGUGUCAAUCAGCAGUAUGUAGAGGCCUUACAGGCUGCAGAAUCCACUAUUGCUUACCUGACUGCCUGCAGUCUGGACAGCCAGGGUGGAUUUGGUUCACACACAGGUUCUGGUUCUGUGGGUGUCAAUGUUGCCCUUCACGGUACAUGCAUGGAGCUGCAGAAAUCCCUACAGAAGAAGGAGGAUCACAACAACCAGCUCGUGGAGCUUCUGAAAAUGGCAGAGAAGGCCCUCGCCUCCUCUGACAGCCAAGAGAAAAAUCCAGAAAUUAGAGAUCUUUGUUUACAGAUAGAGGGUGCUUUACAGCAGGAAAAGACAUCUUCAGACAGAGAGAGCCCAAGAGGCAUAUUUGGAGGUACUGAGGACUCUCUGCAGGAGUUGCAACGACAUGCGGACUCCUUGCAGGAGGCACUUUGGGAACAGAAUAGGCUCAAUGCAGAACUGCAGGAAAAACUGAGAGCUGCAAAUGCUGCUGGACAACAUGGUACUUCUUCAAGGCAGAUGGCAACAGCUGCAGAGUCACUUAAAGAUCAGUCAAAGGAACUUCAUGGCACAAUAGAAGGAUCUGAUAAUACUAGUUUAAAUGAAGAGAUGAUUAAAGUUCUAAUAAACUGUUUUAGUGCAGCAGAGUCUGCCAUUGCUUCUCUAGCAGCACACUGUACAAACACUGGCUCCUUGACUUCUGGUAGAUCAUCACAGAUCAGCUCUGACCUGCAGAUGAAUUUAGACAAACUUCAGAGAGCCCUGCAAGAGAGGGAGCAACUGGGAGAACCUAUUCAGCCAACCACCAAAUCCAGCAGCGUUCAGUCCACUGUUUCAACUGGAACAAAGGGACAAGAGCUCCAUCAGCAUCUCUGUCUCCUUUACAGGGUCUUUAGUGAACACUCUCAAAAGUUAUCUGAAAUUCAGGCUUCCCUGCAAGAAGGGAAGGGCCACAGAGAGGAGAGCGAGGCCCACAGGACAGUGCAGGAUGCCAAAGGAUUACCACCAAAUGUUCAGGCCCAACUGGAGGCUCUACAUAAAGCACUGAGGGAGAAGAAGAAGGCAUGUAAGAACCUGGAGGAGAAACUGGCUACUGCUCUUACCCAAACGCCUUCCUCUGAAGCUGCAAGGAAAGCUCCUGAGCAGGAUGACAAAGGCGUGCAGGUGGAUUUGCAGGACCUCGGUUACGAAACCAGUGGCAAGAGUGAGAACGAUAGGGAAGAGAGCAGUAGCACAGAUCUAGAGGUGGGUGUGAACCCCAGUUGCAGUGCCUCCAGCCUGCCUUCCCUCUUGAAACAUGAACAGGCCACGUUCUCUUCCACUGAAAACUUGGACUCAAACUCCAGCACCCCAUAUCCAAGUUCCCCAGCUCUCAGCUCUGCCAAGGUUAGUCUGAAAAGUUUGCAGGUCUACGAUGCAUACGGUGUUUCUGAGGACCCUCUCCAACUUCAGGCACAAGUCAGGGAACUAAAGGUCCAGCUGGAAAACCAGACCAAACUCAUCCUCCAAAUGCAAAGUCUUCUGCGCAGGAACUCCCUCUCUAGCGACCUAGUUGCCAACACCUCUGAUCCAUCCAUCGUCAAGGAUCAAGAAGGCACACAAAAGGAGGACCGUAGCCAAGAUAGGAGCUAUAGAAGUGGGACACUAAGGCAGAAAAAAGAGGGCGAAAACCAGGCAGUGAAAGAUAAAACCAGCCAUCUGAACCUGGAACUGGAAGGAGAGAGGAUGCCAAACAAGGGCACAAGUGAACACCUGCAGCAGACCCGCAGUCGCUCUACAUCACCUGCUAGACUGGACACCCUGGUGCAGUCGCAGGCCAGGGAGCUGUCACAACUGAGGCAGCAGAUCAAGGAGAGCCGCAGGCUGGGAGCCCUGCAGCGUCGGCAGCUGGAAGAGCUGAACAAAGCAUUCAAGGAGCUGCUGCAGGCCGGUGAAGUGGACUACUACAUGGGGGAGGUGGUCAAAGAGCAGCUGGACAAGAGUCUGAACAUUCUGGACAGGCUGGAGGGACGGCUGGACAAAGGAGAAUCUCAUCUGGAUAAUGAGGAUGUGGCAGCUCUGGAACUAUCUCGCAGGCUGGCAAAAGAGCUGCAAGAGAAGAAUCGACUCAUCCAGAGCCUGCAGAGCCAGAUCAGAGGCCAGACUCCCAGCAGCCACCACAGCUCUCAUUCUGAUCUGUACCACUCAGACAGGACCUCUUCCUCCUGCCACAGCAGCCCAACCACACAAGGUGGCAACCGAGCUCACAGCCAACGACACCCCACCGAUUGGCCAGGAGCAGCCGUCCCUCCUGUAGGAGGAGCUCAGGAUGAAGGUGUGUCUGGUCACAGGGACGCUGCCAGCCUGCAGGGCCUGCAGAGGGAAAACGGGCGUCUACAGGAGCGGCUGAGGAGCAGUGAAGAGCUCAACACCACCCUGCGCAGCGAACUGGACCUGCAUCGCUCAAUCAUGGCUCAGACCAGCUCCCACCAUCAGGAUACUAGCUGCGACCAGGAGGGCUCAGGGCCACAAACAGAAGCACAGAAACAAGACAUCAGCUCACAAAAGAAUGCUGGCGAACAGCCUCGCAUGACUUCAGAUCUGCUGGCAGAACAUCUACAGGAGAUCAGAGCUUUACGACAACGCCUGGAGGAAAGCAUUCGUACCAAUGACCGCCUCAGAGAACAGCUGGAGAAGAGACUAGCGGAGGUGGAGAAAGACCCAGCCGCCACCAACAUCUUCAUCCACGGCAACGAGGAGCAGGGUCAGCUGGCUAACGAAGUGCGUUUCCUCUGGGGACAAAAUCAAGCCCUGAAGGAGCAACUCAACAUGGGGUCUAGAGACAAGCAGAAAGAGAACGAAAAGCUACGGGAGACUCUUGCCAGGCGAACUGCCAAACUGGAACAGAGUAGGAAGGAGUGUGAAGCUCUUAGGCAGGAAAACAGCCGACUGCUGGAGAGACUGGAGCUCAGCAGCCAGGAAAACUCACAGCUGCAGGACUCACUACACUACAGCAAAGAGGAGCUGCACAGGUUCCAGUGUGAGAUGAAGCUUCAGAGGCAGCAGCUGUCCGACUCCCAGCAUCUCCUUCAGUCACUUCGGGUGGAACUACAAGUUUAUGAAAAGAUGAAGACUGACUCUAACAAACACAAAGAAUCCACUGAGGUGACUCAGGAUCCCGUCCCCGCCUCGUCCUCCAGCUCUGUGGAUCUGGGGGAGCUGCUGUCAGAGAUCAGACACCUGAGGCUGCAGCUGGAGAGGAGCAUCCAGACCAACACGGCUCUACGGCAGAGACUGGAAGAGCAGCUGCUCAGAGGACCCAACCGCUCUGAAACCAUCAACAUCAACUACCUGCUGUCCUCGCCAGAUGAAGGAGGGAGGUCACCGGGUCGUGAUGGCUGUGAUCCUCACCGUCACACAUUUCAGAGUCACAAUGAACACACCAGUGUCUUUCAUGAUAUGAAACAUCAUGCUCAUUCAGAGGUGGACGGUGGCUCAGUAAGCAGCAGUUCCAGUGACGGCGUCUCUGGCGCUCCUUCUCGAUUGGUGCCGGGUCACCGAAUGUGGGCCAAUCGCAACGGCCGCCACGUUUUGGGCUUGAUCGAAGACUACAACGCUCUCCGCAAGCAGAUCUCAGAGGGCCAUAAGCUGUCGCGUAGCAUGGACACACAACUGCAGGAGUGUCUGUACACACUCAAACAGCAGGGCUCUGACAACAGAGUGAUGGAGCAGCAGCAUCUGAAGACCUUAUCCAGCAGCACAAACACCAUGCAGCAGGUGUUGGAGGAGGCUGGCCGACUGCUCAAACUGGUGUGGAGAGUCUCUCUGCCAGCUGGUACCACAGCAGCAGACAGCAGCAACAACCAUCAGGAUGAACUGCUGAAAAAUGAGAUAGUCCGACUGAAGAGCAGGCUGUCGCAGCAGGAGAGGAUGCUGAGUGGAGCAGUCAAACGUCUCCGCACCACCAACCAGCUCAAAGAGGGAAUGGAGAGAGUCAUCAUCGAUCAGUUGUCUCUGACCCACGGAGUGCUGAAGAAAGCCAGGGGGAAUUUAGAGACAAAUUACUGUACCCUCUUUGGCCUGAAAGGCCUGUCUGGAGGACCAGACGAAGGAGGUCCCAGUCAAUGGGCAGUAGUGGACACCACCGACCUUCAGCCAGAGCAAAUAGCUGUCCCUGUUUCUGGCCUGACUGCAGACAGACGCUCUGAAUCCUCAGGGGAUCGUAAGAGUGACGCUUCUUUGCACUGCAGUUACUAAAUCUGCAACUUCUUAACAUUCUUCAUCCUGCCUUUCUGUCCUGCUGUAAAACUGUCACCUUAUCCCCACAAAUCAAAGCCUUUUGUACCUAAGUUGCACAUGCCCUGCCUAUAAUUUGUUUUAUUUUAGGUACUCAAGUUGUAAAUGUUUUUUUCUUUUAAAAGAGAAUGCCUUUGUAAAUAUUUAUCCCAGCAGUUUAAAUAUUUUUUCCUUUUAUUCUUUUUAUAUGACGUAUAUAAGAACAUGGAAAUGUAUUUUAUUACUGGCUUGUUUUUACUUUUUGUUUUCACCUGUCAGUUUAUGUAUACAAUGGUUUAGGACUGCUGUAUAUUCAAGGAAUUAUGUGCAAAUGCAGUAAAAACAAAACUUAAAUUGCGAAA